AUGACUGAGAAGCUCAGCAAGACACAGGCAUUCCUGAAAGAGCCUUUGACUGAACUCACACCUCCGCCUGGCGAGGAGAAUCUGCAUCCCCCAAUUCCCUACGACGCGGAAAACACUACCUCCAUAUGGGCUGACGAAGUUCUGAAGGACUAUUGCCUUGAGGAGCAGCCGGUCAAUUGGAGGAAGCACCCUCUCUGGAACACGUUCUGGGCCGCAGCAGGGAAGAUCGACCAAGAACCCCACACAUCUUAUGUCUCUGCCAUGUUUAUCUAUAAUGAGGAGGCCACAGUGGACGCUGUCAAAAGUCAAUGUAUCUCACCGGUGUGGGAGUUGAUGCAGCCAAUGUCCAAGCCUAAUAAGACAGUCUAUCAAGAAUUUGCCCUGCAACUUGCGAGUCAAGGGACCGCAGACACUCAAACCACGCCCAUUGUGCAGCGCUUGUACAAUGCCGCGAAGUGGCGUUUCUCGGUUUUUCACCAGGUGCAGCCAGAAGUCUGGAAAGGGAAGAAUGAUAAGGACGCCGCUGGCGGUGUCCGGGCGGACAUUGUUAUGGGCCCUGUCCUUAUUUCUAAGCCCAAAGACUUUCAGUCAGGUCCCGUUACUCGAGCAGCACUUAGGAAGCUAGAGAUACCUGUGAAAGCAUUGAUAGACAAUGCCCCUUAUACCACCCAGAACAUCAUAUACGAUACAUCGAGAGAAGAUAAGUCAGAUUGGGUGGCUAUACAGCGGGCCCUCCUACCCAUUGAAUGCAAGAAACUAGCUAUGAUUGACAACUACACUCUGAAGGAGAUUGCAAGCAGAGGUAUUCCAUUGGGAGGAUCUAUCAGUAUUACUACUGGAAAGCCAGACAACACCAAAGCCGUCCGAUACUUGAUUCAACAACCCCUCCGAUAUGCCGUUCAUUAUGACAGUGGCAGAUCCUGUCUCAGCGACUACAAUCAAUGGAUCGUGUUCCGCUUGCCCGAAAAGAUGGCCGAAGACUGUAAGCGAUACGAGGAAAAGAAGAAACAAGUCGCAACCGCUGCUACAACAGAUAUUCAGAUUGACGUACCCGCUACCACGGGAGGAAAGGAAAGCAAGCAGAAGAAGCAUCAACCAACUGAUGCAGUGGCACGGGUGGAGACGCCACCGAAAGAGAGCCGGAUACAGAAGAAAAGAUUGGUGGAGUGGAUGAGCGCUACGCGAGAUGAAGCAUUGCAGCUGGUGACGUUCAUAUACUGGCUUCAGACCCAAGACUGUGCAGGGGGAGUGGAGCGCGAUAACGCGGAGAGGGAGAAACCCCGUCAACAAGCAAAAGGAGGUACGGUUGCAAAAUCGGGACAGAAAUAG